CCAAAAUUCUGGAACCACCACUAGUCGUCCAUUAUACUAAAGUGAUCGACCACUUUAUGAAAAAGAUAGAUCGUUUUCUCCAAAUAACUAUAACUUGCAAGUCUUAUCCGACAAAUUUACCUUCCAAAUAACCUCACAUAACAUGAAGAUGAAGGACUUAAAUAACUGAAGUCAGAAGUUUGACAUGUUAAUCGAAGAACCUACAAGUUCAGGGUUCAAAUAAAUAACUAAUUUAGCCUUCAUCAUCAUCCCCAACCUAGCAAAUCUAAUCGCCAAUCCAGCAGCCUACCGCCGUCCACGGUUGCGCCGGCCAGUGAUGGACCUACCAUUAUUACGCUCACCCAAAACCGCCAUAGCUGGAUUCCGCCGAUUCAUUUUCCGGCCGAACUCACAGUCUUACUUUUUCUAUUGUACUUCACCUCUCCCUCCGCCGCAUCAGCAGAAGUCGCAAUUUCCCACCGAUCCCACCUCCCAGAAUUCCCCGAUCUGGUCUCCAUCCCGAGUCCAAAAGCUCAUAGCUUCCCAAUCGGAUCCUCUCCUCGCCAAAGAGAUCUUCGAUUACGCCUCUCUCCAGCCCAAUUUCCAGCACUCUUACCCUUCCUACCUCGUUCUCAUUCGCAAGCUCGGGGAAUCCAAGCACAUCUCCCUCGUCGACGCUCUCGUCGGCGAUCUGAAAUCCAAGCGCUACCCAGUAACGCCGGCUCUCUUCUCUUCUCUAAUCAAGAUCUAUGGAGAGUCCAAUUUACCGGACAAGGUUCUGGGAACAUUCCACACGAUGCUGGAGUUCAACUUCAACCCUCUGCCCAAACACUUGAACCUCAUCCUCGAGCGCCUCGUCUCCCGCCGAAGCUUCGUGAAACCCGCUUUCGACCUCUUCAGGGACGCCCGCCGGCACGGCGUGGCUGCCAACACCAAGUCGUACAACAUCUUGAUGCGGGCAAUGUGCCUGAGUGGGGAACUGAGCAUUGCCUACAAGCUGUUCAACGAAAUGCUCAAGAGAGAUGUUGUUCCCGAUGUCGAGUCCUACCGCAUUCUGAUGCAAGCUUUGUGCAGGAAGAGUCAGGUUAACGGAGCUGUUGAUCUAUUAGAGGACAUGCUGAACAAAGGGUUUGUGCCGGAUGCCCUGACCUACACCACCCUGUUGAACAGCCUGUGCAGGAAGAAGAAGCUCAGAGAGGCUUACAAGCUUCUCUGCAGGAUGAAGGUGAAAGGCUGCAACCCUGACCUUGUUCAUUACAACACUGUAAUACUCGGGUUCUGCAGAGAAGGCCGCGCAACGGACGCCUGCAAGGUUCUGGAGGACAUGGAGUCGAAUGGGUGUCUGCCGAACCUGGUCUCUUACAGAACUCUGGUUGGUGGGUUGUGUGAUCAAGGGAUGUUUGAUGAAGCAAAGGGCUACCUGCAGGAGAUGCUGGCGAAAGGAUUUUCGCUGCAUUUUUCUGUUGCUGAUGCUGUGGUGAAGGGUCUUUGUGGUCUUGGCAAGGUUGAGGAAGCUUGUGAAGUGGUGGAAGUAUUGCUUAAUCAUGGAGUGGCUCUGCAUAUAGGUACUUGGGAGAUUAUGCUUCCUAGAAUUUUUGCCAUGAAUGACUUGGCCAGAACCGAGGAGAUUUUGGAUAGGGUCAAGAAGGUGGAGAUCAAGGGCGAUACCAGAAUAGUUGAUGCAGUUACUGAUUUGGAGGAGUACUUGGUUCGGAUGAUACGAGCUAGGUGAAACAGAGUUCGAAGUGUUCAUGCUAACUGUUGGUAUAGGGUUCUGUUGUACAGUAAGUUAAGACCAAUUGGCGCUUUCAUCAUUAGCUUUCUUUCUCUCAUCUAACACACAUUCUUAACAUUUUUGUUACAAUGCCCAUUUUGUUGUCUGACAAUUUUCCUUCAAAGAAGAUGAGAUUUUGGAUCUUUCAUUUCUCUAGGCGCCUAGCUAGCCUUGGUGUUAGAAACGAAUAUAGCUAUUUGUAAUAGAAAUAACAGUUUUACAACUCUUUGGUACUUAGGUUCAAAUUAUUAAUAAAUUAGCUAACCCUUAAUAACCAGCAAAAUAUCACAGUAUUUUCUAGUCACAAGUUUAUAGAAAUUGGUGAAUCAAUAUAUGUCGAAAAAUAGUACACAAAAAGUUGAAUAUUGUCGACGAGGAGGAGAAUGGUGAUUUAGAAAGUGGUGAAUUAAUAACCGUUUGUGGUGAUGGUAGUAAGCAAUGACAAAGACCAACAAGGCAGAGUGCAUGUUGAAGUGAUGGAUCAACUAGAACUUAUGGUUACUAGGAGCUGGCAAUCGACAAUUGUGAAGAGCAGCACGACAGAUGAUCGGUCGAAGAGAAUGAGCGACAAAGAGAAGCGAGUUUGGCUGUUUCUAACCUGGAGUUGUGAUUUGUGAUUACAAUUGGAAGGAAGGACCGAAGGACGCAUCGAGGGUAGUUACUAGUUUGAGAUGGAUUCGAUUUUGGGAAGGUAGCUACUUUUUUCUUCUUCUUUCCUUGGUCCUCUAACUACGUUUAAGCACAUCUCCAAUUUCUUAAUCGUACCUCACAAAGCUUAAUCAUGAUUAGGCACCUGAUAGCUUCGUCUAGGCGUCAGCCGUCAUGAGCGACUAAUUUGUUGCCUAGGACAUUGGUGAGAAAUUUUAUCAUCGUCUAGCACCUAGAAGCUCCUAGACAUAAGAGAAGUUACGUCUUCUUGAACCAUGCUAGUAUACAUAAUCUUUGUGGAUAUAACCCGACUUGAUAUGCUAUCGUAGAACGAUAGGUUCACUUGCCUAUUUUUCCUGUGAUAGUUUACAAUUAUCAACCGCCAUAUAGGAUAAAAUAUAACGAAAAUGGUAAAUCAAUGACCAUAAGUGAAAUGAGAGUUUACCAGCUAUUGCAAUAAACCCAGUGACCCACUAUGUCAUUUAGCCCAUAAAGAAACCAAAGAAAAACGUAUUAAAAACAUAUUAAAAUUGAUAUCAUUAU